AUUGAAAGUUCAUAGAAGCUAAUCACUACCAUCAAGAACAAAUCCAAUAUCAUAAAUAUUAAACACAUUAUUAAUCUUUUUUAUCUUUUGCUAACUACCAUUCUAAAGAUUUAUAUUAUACACAAUGUCUUUGAAGAUAGCAGCUGAAAAUUGGCAAAAACCAUCAUCAAAGAAGGUUGAAGAGGCAGUGAUAGUGAUAAGAAGUUAUGAUGAAGAGAAACACAAAGUGGGAGUAGAAAAAUUGGAGAGGCUUUGUGAGGUUGGACAAAGAGGAAAACCUUCUCUUGUUACUGACCUAUUGGGUGAUCCUAUAUGUAGAAUUCGUCACUUUCAAUUACAUGUUAUGCUGGUUGCAGAAUAUGAAGAAGAAGGAGAAGUUGCUGGAGUGAUAAGGGGUUGUGUGAAAACAGUUACAAGAGGGAAUUCAGCUUAUGUAAAACUAGCUUAUGUUUUAGGACUUAGAGUCUCUCCCAAACACAGGAGAUUUGGCAUUGGCACAAAAUUAGUUGAACAUUUAGAAGAGUGGUGCAAGCAAAAAGGGGCUAAGUAUGCAUAUAUGGCAACUGAUUGUACAAAUGAGCCAUCCAUCAAUCUGUUCACAAAAAAAUGUGAAUACUCAAAAUUCAGGACUCUAACAAUGCUAGUACAGCCUGUUCAUGCUCACUACAAGCCAAUCAACACAAACAUUGCCGUCCUUCGCCUACCACCGCGCUUAGCCGGGACGACAUACAACCAUAUGUUUGCCAAUGCAGAAUUUUUCCCAAGAGACAUAGACUUGAUUUUGUCUAACAAACUUAAUUUGGGCACAUUUAUGGCCAUCCCUAAAAAAGACCUAACAAAAUGUGAUCCAAAAAAUGGUAUUUUCCCUCCAAGCUAUGCAGUAUUAAGUGUGUGGAACACAAAAGAAGUGUUCAAAUUGCAAGUUAAAGGAGCUUCAACAUUUGUACAUGCAUGUUGUGUAGGUACAAGAUUAUUAGAUGAAUGUAUGCCAUGGCUAAGGUUACCUUCAUUUCCUAAUGUUUUUAGGCCAUUUGGGAUUUAUGUAAUGUAUGGAUUACACAUGGAGGGUAAAUAUGGAAAACAACUUAUGAAGUCAUUAUGUGGAUUUGUACAUAAUAUGGCUAGAGAUGAUGGUGGUUGUGGGGCCAUUGUGACUGAAGUGAGUCAAAGGGACCCAGUUAGAGAAGUGAUCCCACAUUGGAGGAAAUUAUCUUGGGCUGAGGACAUGUGGUGCAUUAAGAGUCUUGAACACAUGAAGAAGGAUGAUAGUAUCAAUGAAAAAUGUGGACCCUCAGAUUGGUUCAAUUAUAGAUCUUCUUCAUCAGUAAUUUUUGUUGAUCCUCGUGAUUUUUAACACUAGCUUAUGUCAUUUUAUUUUAUGUGUAUGUAUAUCUAUAUCUGUAGAGAGAAAGAGGGUCUUGGUUGCUACUAAUUACUAAUUUGGAAUGAUAUUGUAAAGUA